UGUCCCGUCCCGACUUGUAAACCUGCAUUCACCAGACCUUCCAACCGGCUCUUCUCCUGCUGCUUGCCGUGCUUCUUGCUGUGCUGCGUGCCGUCCUGUCUCUUGUCAACCAAGCCCAUUCCGCCAACCGCGCGCCCCCGCACGCACGCCCACUGCCAUUCGUUCUGCCUGCGCAUUCCUCCCUCUCAUUCUCUCCCUGCGACCCGCCCGCCUAGCCCUCCUCAUCCAUCCCUUUUCCUUCAUCCCUUCUCCCUUUCCCACACCCAUCUAUUUGCUCCUUCUCCUCCUCUUCGUCGCCUCCACCAUCGCAUCUCGACACAGGCCGCCGACCGACUCGCUCCGAGCCGUGCUCUUCCACCAGAGCCAAUCCCGCGAUUUUGCCUCAUUCGCCUCAUUCGCCUCGUCGAUGACGUUCCUAGAUUGCUUAUCGAAGUAGCCCCCGAGGUCAAGUGGUAGGCCGUCGACAGAAAGCCGCCGCGCCCCCUCACAUUUGCCGAGUCUCGAUCCCGAAUUGAGGCCAGUCUAUCGCGCCCAUCUCCCUGUCGACUUUUUUGCCCUGUGAAUUGCGACGUGCCGAACAGACUUGCAAGUUCUUGUGUCGCUUGCAGCAACCUAUUUCUACUGCAGGCCUCCUUAUUGCCUAAUUCCCUCUGGCCGCUUGGUCACCAUGGCCAGAAACGCGCGGUUUGGGCCACUGGAGCCUGUUCAGAUAUUCCAGGACGGCUUUUACGACCAGGCCACGCCCAUCAUGAGCCACGCACCGAUGCCUCCGACUUCCGCUGCCCCGCGAAGGGCUCUCCAGCCGAGUAAUCGAAACGUCAUCUUCAACCCCCCGAACCACAACAUGUCUGCUGUGAGGCAGUCUCCGUUCAAGCCAGCAUUGCAAGGAGGCACCCCCUUGGCACCCCUGAAGGCAUCACAGACCAACAUUGGAGCCGUCUCUAUAAUUCCACCCUGCGCGCAGCGAGCACCUACCGAUUCACUUCCCAAGAAGCAGCCUGUCAUGUCUCGCUUCAAAACAGUCGCUCAAAAGCCCGCAUUCGCUGGUACCUCGGCCGCCGCACCAGGUCACCUCGGGAAGGAGAACUACCAAGGAUCUAUGAUGUAUCCUGUUCCGCCGCCCCUGAAUCUAUCCAUCGAUUCCUUCUACCAAAAGCCAUCCGGUAAACGACUGCUCGAAGCCCCUCCGAUCAAAGACAGCCGACCGCAGAAGAAACCCAGGCUGGACGGCGGUCCUUUGCCUCCCCACGAUUCGUUCCCGCUCAUUGUCGAUGAUGGCACUAAACCGGGACACAGCUACGCAAUGCUUAUCGGCAUGGCGAUCUUGCGUUCACCCCAGCGGCGCCUGACGCUGUCUCAGAUAUACAAGUGGAUCUCGGACAACUUCUCAUUCUACAGUCCCAAUGAUGCUGGUUGGCAGAACAGCAUCCGUCACAACCUCAGUCUGAACAAAAACUUCAUCAAACACGAGCGCCCCAAGGACGAUCCGGGCAAGGGAAACUAUUGGGCUAUUGAGCCCGGGAUGGAACAUCUCUUUAUGAAGGAAAAGCUUGCCAGGAAGUCCAUCUCUGCCUCGGACAACGUCUCGGUCAUGUCAACUGUGCUCGAGCCGUCUUUGCCUCCGCCCCCAAGCUCAUCUGAGCCCGUGCUUCCCACACAGCUCGCGUCUGCUGCAACACCUAUCGUCCCAAACGCCCCGAGCACUGCUAUCCCCACUCCUCUGGAGCAAGAGCCGUCGUCUGACGCCACCAUUCCUGUGUCUGACAGCGGGGCUGCCGACGAGGCUUUGGACACUACGAUUGCUGUCGCUACUACGGAGCCUCUAACGGACGCAAACGGAUACUCGCCUCUGGCUGCUGCGAUGCACUCCUCUCCGCCUAUCCCUCGACACCUGGAGCCCCGGAGGAACACGCCGCCCCCACCUCUAACAUCGCACCACCGGGAAUCGUCCGCGGCCAAAUCGCACAAGCGCAAAUUUGCCUCCAUGGAUGACAGCGGUUAUAUUUCGUCCCUCGAGUCAUCUGUUCUGCGAUCCAACCAGAAUGGGCGGCUGCUAACCUCAGAAGCCGAUCGCCCCCGCAUCAAGCGAGGACGUGCCGAGGAGGAAAUUGCACGUCUACGGGCCUCUUCGUACGAAAGCCCUUCCAAGGGGCGGUCGUGGAGCGGUUUCAUGCCGCAAUCGUCGUCUCCUCUUCGCCAAACAUCGGGCCAUGACGCUGGCCAGAUGCUCCCGCCACUGACCCCGGCGGUCAAGCUUGCACCACCCCCAAGACCGCCACCGUCCGUCUCCCCGAACACGAACCUGAGGCUUCACCGUGCCAAGGUUCAACGCAUGGUCGACUCACCGCUGCGAAGGGUCCUGGAUAUGCCCGAGCAGGAGAAUGGCUGGGGGACUCCGGGAGGUUACCAGUUCGACCCGUCGGUGUAUGAUUUCAGUUUUGGGGUUGACACGUCAGGUGUCGCUGAGUUUGACAUCUUCCAAGACUCGACAAUGCCCUCUAUCUUCCCUUCAGUGGAAGACGGCUCACCUGUCAAGCGAAGCUUGAAGCGACCGCGCUUGGAGCGACCCAGUUCAACGGGUGUUCUGGGGGAAAUCACCAACUCAGGAUCCCGGCGGCCCCUUGCGUCGGCUCCCCUUCUCAAAGCCACGCGCUCCCCGGCCACUACGCUGGACACGCCUAGCAAAGCACUGGCAGGUGGUUUGCUGCCAUCGUCGCCCAGCAAAGUGUUCCUCCAGUCCCCAGCAAAGCUACCAGAUAUGGCGGCGGACGCCGAGAAUACUUGGCUCAACAUCGAUGAUUUCUGCUCGACGACCACCUUCCUCGAAGAAGCAGGCGACUUCCCAGGCGUUGACAUAACCCAGGGCUUCGAUAAGAUCGGACAGCCAUCGCGCUCCUCAAAGUCGGGGAAGCCUGGGUUAGGUCGCAGUUACACGACAAGUUUUUAAGCCGGGCUAAUUGAGUUGACAGUCGUUGGUUAAUGGGAUUACCUUCGCCUUCAGCUCCACGGCCACGUCUCGUCGCCUCCUUUAUUCCUCUUCUCCGCUCGUAUGGUCCCCUUGCCCCCUUCCUCCUUUUCUAAGUCCGCCUCCUUCGCUCUUGUGGCUCCUUGAUGCGGAUCAACUCUACUGGUAUUCUGAGCCCCGGUGAUGAGCUGAUCCAAAUCGGACAAGCUAAGCAGCGGUCGUACUAGCAGUGUCUACAAACAGGCUCUGUCCAGCUUUUUUCUUCUUGUUGUUGCUUUGAGUUCUCAUGGUGCCUGGGCAUUCGCACGUCUUUUCUGCCACUUUUUGUUACCUUGCCUCACUACGGCAGACCACCAUGUUUUAUCACCCACUUUUGACAUAUUUGUAUUGGGACUCGAGGAGAAUGCCUGUUCUGGAUCUUGUGACCCGCAUGGCAGUGUUGGACAUUUGGUCUUUCACGACUUCUAUCAUGUUUUUGCUCUAUUCCCCUUCCUGUUCUUGUUUAUUUCCUUUUUUUUUUGUCCCUUUUUGCUUUGUUCUUCGGUUGUUGUUUACGCGAAUCAUGAUGAUGUCUGGAGUAACUCGCUAUUGGCAAGCAUGACAGGAUGUCGGGUAUGGAUGUCAUUUGAGAGCCUACUUUGUGUUUUGUGGCUUAGUCGAUUUGAUUUUUGACCCUAAAUUUUUGCGCCAAGUAUGGACGACGAGAGAGUGAAUAGAACAAUGAACAGCAGCGAUAUGCCUACUGAUUUAACCCUGA